UGUAACUGAUCAUACCGCAGCGCUCCCUAACGAAAACAUUCACUAAUUACUUUGCUGUACCCAACUUUAUUAUUUUUGUGUUUGAAUUUUGAUUCCUAAAUAAAAAUUAGAUUAAUAGCCGCAAUUAAUUAAUAUGCCGAAACUACUAGAAAAGUACGUGAACCUUUCGAAUGGGAAAGGAAACUAUUUAUCAAGAGAACGCGGAAACGGGGAUUCAUGGCUUGUUUUUACCAACCGAGCGUGUACACAAAUGCAAAUGAAUACAUAUGUCGCAUAAACUCCCAAAAGUGCUAGCAAAAAUAUUUAUAAACUUUUUACAAUGUAACUACUAUUGAUAAAUAAGAAAUGGCGCGCUCGAAAUUUCCAGGCAAGCCAUCAAAACCUGUCAAUAGGAAACGAAUAAAUGUUCUAAAUUCGUCCGAGGAAACUGUAUCUAACUUAAACAACACCGAAACAAAACAGGAAAACUGUGAUCCAGCUGCCAAAGUUGACACAUCUAUCUCGUAUGCGGCGGUGCGACUUCCUCAUAGACAAGCGGUCAGAAAAAGAGUGUGCAAGACCCUAAUAGCUCGAAGGAAUUCACUAUCAAAGAGGAGACUGGUUAAUAGUACAGUUGGCACAAGUUCACAAAAGCUAAUUACCAUAAUUAAUGAACGAUCUGUUCGAACGAAGGCUGAGAGUAGAUCUGAAAAUGAAUUAUCCUGUAGAAAAUUAAUCAAAACGAAGCAAUCACGUUUAGAGAGUAGUAAUUUAGUCGGCAAAUUUAUACUUCCUAGUAGAAGUGUGCACUCGUCACGUGUUAUUAAGCCUAAUAAACGAUUUAUAAAUGUGGAAGCGGUGAAUAGUAUUCAGUUACGGACUUUUAAAAAGAGAGUAAUAAAUAAAAAGAGUGCUUCGACUAAUGGCACUGCGUGUAAAGUCAAUUGUAGCGAUAGUGAAUGCAAGGACGUUGCGGUACACGAAAAUGUGGACCUGUCACGGUCACCUUGCUCUAGUAGGAGAGUGGUGUUGCGUCAAGCUCGACUUCAGCUACAUACUCAAACACCGACGGGACCAGAGGGACCGUUUUCGAUGAGCUCGUCAAACAUCAGUCCUCCCGGAACUGUGACGUGCGGUGUUUGUGGAGCAGUACGCUUUUAUCGUUUCGUAAAGCAAGCGCGUAAAUUUAACAUUUAUAGUUGCGAAUCAUGCCGUAAGUUCAUUUCGAAAAUGAUCAAAUGCCAAGUGAGCAAUAAGAAGUUGCCGGACAUUCAGUGUCUAAAGGGACAAGGCAAUUGCCAUGUUCCGCCGAUUGUUCGAAGCCAACACUGGAAGUUUCGUUGCGCUUACAAGGCGAGGUGCAAUGCGUGCUGGUUAAAAAUGUGUCUUCGAUCGUUCCAAAUACCGCCAGUAUUGAAAAACAAUCUUAUUAGUUUACUUCCCGAGCACAUGCGCGAAUCGGAUACUUUGUUUAAUACGUCGUUAUUUUCAUUUCACACAAGUGCAAAUCCUUCUAGCGUUAAGUCUCCGAAACCGGAACCGGAAUUGCACGUUCGUAGACGACCCUUACGGAAACGAGUUGGUAAGAUAAAGGAGAAGUUAAAUUUAGUUAAUUCCGAAAUAAAACGGCAGAAAAUAGAUUUUAAAGGGCCCAGAGUAAAACAUGUAUGUCGUAGUGCCUCAAUCGUUCUAGGACAACCAUUAGCCGUAUUCGCGGAUUGCGAGAAGAAACCGGACGAUGUAAAAGUAAACGAGUGCGGGGACGAUAAGGCUCUCGGGACCCUUAACGGCACUAAAGAGAACAGUGUACCUGUCGAAAAUAAAAAGAGCGAGUCGAGGCCGCCAGAAAUCGACGCACCGAAAGUCGAGCAUGAGAUACAGAAACGCGAAAAAGUCGGGAAGCAUUCGUUAUUUAACACGACGUUGCAUUCCAAGCCAAGCGCACAGCCUACGGAGGUGGACAAUAAUAUCUGUAUCGAUUUCUGGGAAAAUUACGAUCCCGAGGAGGUGUGUCAGAAUGGUUUCGGGCUGAUCGCGUCGCUGGCGUUUCCGAUGUUGGCAGUUUGCUAUCUGUGCGGCAGUGCCGGUCAGGAGUCGUUAUUGUACUGCUGCUUGUGCUGCGAGCCGUAUCACCCAUUUUGCUUGGAGCAGCCACCUCAAAAUAUCAACAACGACGGUGAAUGUUACAACUGGCUAUGUCCGAGGUGUACCAUGUGUAGCGCGUGCGGAGAAGCUGACAAACAGAAAAUUAAUUGCCAAAAAUGCCAAAGGCCUUACCAUCCGGAGUGCUUUAACAAUAAAUGGAGGACGGAAGAUAGACCAACGGUAUGUGCUUCGUGCAUGCGAUGCAAGAGUUGCGGAAUUAAUAAUAUUACAAAAUUUAUUGGAAACACACCUUUAUGCCUUAUAUGUUUUCGACUACGGAAAAAAGGAAAUUUUUGUCCUUUGUGCCAAAAGUGUUAUGAUGAUAACGAUUAUAAUACAAAGAUGAUGGAAUGUGCAAAAUGUAACAUGUGGGUUCAUGCGAAAUGUGAAAGUCUAUCGGAUGAACAAUAUCAGAUUCUAAGUUUGCUCCCAGAGUCUGUAGAGUUUUUAUGUUCCAUAUGCGAGCCGUUACCGUAUUGGCGUAAAGCGGUUGAUUCCGAAUUGCGUACCUGUUUUAAUAAUGUAUUAAAACUACUAAGUAAAAAUAGAGUAGCCCGAAAUAUGUUGAAGUGGAGUCCUACGUAUUUUAGCUCGCCAAAUGCAAAAGCUGCGACUGCCGUUCGAAGGUUACAGUUUUCCGACGAGAGCGAGGUAUCUAACGAAUCUUCCGCCGAGGAUAAUCCGGAGCAGGAACAGCUCGGUAAUUCGAAAAAUACGCGCAAAAAGUAUCAACUGAGAGAACUGAGGGUGGCGGUAAAACCGUGUACUAUAAAUACGGAUGAUUUGUUUGAGGAGGAAAAAAUUAACGUUAAAACGCCGAGUACGCCAUCACUGUCAAAAGUGAAAUAUAAAUUGAAUUCUAAAGAAUAUUUCUCUCUAAAGGAUUUUGAUCACACAAUGGUUGAAACUUUUGAAUCCGCAAAAUCUACGGAGCUUUUAAAUAUAUAUCGCUCAAUAUUGAAACAAGUCUUUCCAUGGUAUAAUCCCUCGGAAAAUGAUUCACCCAACAACAAUACCUCAUUUUGUAACACAUUUUCCGAAACCAACGAGAUUUCAACCACCUAUGAUGGUUAUAAACACAAAAUGGUAAAUAAUAUCGAAAGUGACAACCGAAUUUGCGUUUUAUGUAAAGGUCUGGGAGAUGGUUCGUCGUAUCGAGAGGCGCGACUUCUGUACUGCGGCUAUAACGAAUGGGUGCACGCUAAUUGCGCUCUGUGGUCGUCGGAGGUUUAUGAAGAGAUUGACGGUUCGUUACAGAAUGUACACAGCGCCAUAUCUCGGAGUCGGCACAUCCGUUGCACAUAUUGUAAGUUGAAGGGAGCCAGUAUUGGCUGCUGCGCAAAGAGUUGUUACGAGACAUAUCAUUUCUCAUGUGCUCACUUAAGCGAAUGUAACUUCAUGCAAGAUAAAUCAAUAUAUUGCCCAUCACAUGGCGAUAUUAAUAAUUCGGCUGUGAUUUCUGCGCCGGUCGAUUUCGGUAUCAGAAGAUCGAUUUAUGUGGAAUUAGAUAAAAAGAAAAAACGCUACGCCGAACCGAAAAAGAUUCAUUUUAUGGUUGGAUCUUUAUGCGUCACCGAUUUAGGCACGAUCCUUCCCGCCGUUUCCGAUAAUACCGAGUCUCUAAUUCCCAUCAGCUUCGUCUGUCGGCGACUAUUUUGGUCGACAACAGAACCGUGGCGAUUAAUCCCCUACGUCAUAACAACGUCGGUGUUGCGUUCGCAAAACACCCACAUCUCUAAAGAUCGAAAUUUUACGGUGGAUCAUAGUUUACCGAAACUCGUACUAGAUAAGAAGUUGAAAGAAAUUUCGACCUGGCAAAAAGACUUGGAGACUAUCACCUCAGGAUGUGCGGAUUUUGAGGAGGAUGAGGAACCGCAGAACGAAAACGCUGCCGAUAUUUUAUCACCCGAGCUUACCGACGCUAUUUUGGAUGAAUUGCCGCACGAAUUUUUAGACGGUAUAUCUAUGCAAGAUAUUUUUCCUAAACUAAUGAGUAAUGAGGAACUGUUGGGUAUGGAUUUUAAAGUUCCAGAUGUCGGUAAUAGUGAAUUAUGCAAAAGUGAUCUGAAUGACUCGAGUAAAAAGUCUAGUUUUUUUGAUGAUAGUAAGGAAACGUCGAAUGCAUCUUCAAAGGACCCAAAAAGUGAAGCUCUACAGCAUAUUAACCGAAUGUCUAAGGUCCGUAACCAACAACGUUCGUGUAGUGUGACGGUGAGCUGCAAAGUUGAUAACACGACAGCUGCGACAAAGCCUAUCAAAGUUUCUCCAGAUAAAAGUUUGUACCUUCAGUUGCUGCAAGUAGAUGGCGCAUGCGACAGUGGAAGCGACACAGAGUCAAUCACGUAUGACAAUGUCAAUUGGGUCGUUGACGUUGGCGAUGAACCAGUGAAAUGUGAAAGAUGCCAGUGCACGUACCGUACUAGCGCCAGUUACACACGCCAUCUAGCCACGUGCGAAGAAAUUUCGACAAGCGAAAGUGAUUCUGAACUUACUCACGAGCAAGAACAAUCCGAGGUUGCCGAUUCUAUUCCAUCCACAUCUACUGAGGUUACCGAAGGUGAAACAGCCGAACCGUACAUAGUGUCUUCGUACGAAUCUUAUAGUGAAAUUACAACCCAGAAUGAGUCUUCUACUUUUGUCAGUACCGAAUCGGCAUCGGAACUCGUUACGGUACCGCAAGCUUCCGAAAUAUUUUUUUCUAAUUUACAACCGACCAUUGAGCAAAAGAGUCUCCCCGCUUUAUUCGCUUCCCAAAAUGCUUCCAAUCAAACUUCCGCAAUCGCGAUUAGUCAGCCAUCGGGCGUGUCGCUGUGUGAACCGUCACAGAUGACCUUAUCUAUUAAUCAAUCUUUACCUAUUAGUCAUAUUAGUAGUAAUCCGUCCGGUGAUUUUUGUAUAAAUCAACCCCCCUCACUGUAUAUAGGCCAUCCUAACUGUAAUUCUUUAGUAAAUAAUGGGAACACGAUUUCGUUCGUGACCUCGGGAGCGCUCCCCAUAAAUCACGGUGCUAUUUCAGUAGCGCAGCCUAACGGUUUAAUAAAUCCGAGCGGCUCCAUACAUUUAAAUCAACCUGUUGAAAUUCAACCACAGCAGCUCACAAUACAACCGGUCCCAAUCGCUCAGGAAGUUACCCCGGUUUUAAACUUAAACUCUAAAGUAAUAUCGCCAAAUGUGGUAACUCAGACUGUGGCUGUUCCUCAAAAUCAGUUUCUUAAACCAAUGUUUAAGCCUACGAUCCUAACACAGAGACCUAUACGUAUAAGGGGCCGUCCAAGGCCACUUGCCGCCAAAAGAACGCGCCAAGUGGGACCUAGAACUUUAUUUAUACCACCAGGAGCCACAAGCACGCCAUCUGUCGUCGUUCAACAACUACCGUCUGCGAACGUUAUUUCCAAUUUUAUUGAUACAUUUCAACAGCCUGCCAGCCAGAAUUUGCAGUAUAUAACAACGAUAGCACCACAAAUUACCACAGCCUUACAAACUCAAACUCCUUUGGUGCAUUUGCAGUCGGAAGGAACACUAGUGAAUCUGGUACCGGGAGUCCAGUCCACCGUUUUGCUAUCCCAACCGAGAGUAAUAAAUGAUCAAAUAUUAGUAGAUAACAAUGGAGCACUUGUGUGGGCACCUCAACCGGUGCAACCAAUUUUUUAUGGUUUUGAAACUAUAGUGCAGAACACUGUCCUUCAAUCUCAGCAGUUUCUUCCUAGUACGGUUCCUGGAGUUUUAACCACAAAUAGCAGUUAUUCUUCAACAACACAAGUAUUCCAAGCCAGUAAAUUGGAACCAGUUUUGGAUGUCGCUUCUGGAAACAUUGUUUUAUUAAAUUCCAAUUCCGUCGUCAAUCAACAACCGUUGCAAGUGUCCCAAAGCGUUCAAAGUCAAGUACCCACAACACCCUUAGUCAUAUCAGAAAGGAAAUCUGCCGCUCCUUGGAUUGUAGAAUCUAGAGAUAGUGCGGAAGCACCACCAAAAGUUGCUACGAAAAUAGUUACGACGAUACCCAAAUGUGAUACCACCACAACCGCUUAUAACACUGGGACGACAACAACCUCCAGCAAUGCCAGUGCAAGUAGUAUUAAUCUUCCAGUGGCUCCAUUUGUGCCAGAACCCGGAAUACCAACCAACAUUGUUCCUCCAACACCUAAGCCAGUAACAACGACAACUUCAACUACCACAACGCAAGCUCGUCCAAUGAGUAGGGUACUCCCAAUGCCCACAAAUAACCUUAAACAAAUUAAGGUUAUGACAAAACCUGCCGAAAAACUGACUUACCAAAAACCUAAGUUGGCCGAAGUUGAAACGGGGAACUCAAUUACUAAAGCACACACCAUCAACACGUUGCACGACGUCAUUAUUAAGUCGAUAUCCGAAACACCAGUGACGAACAAACCGGAAGCGAACAUUAUCCCGAAGGACGAAACGGCGUCAUUAAAGUUAAUUUUCCAAAAACAGAGCGAAGGAGGACUGUACAAAAUUAGCAAUAACUACACACCUAAAAACGUACAAAUCGCCCCUUUAAAACCAAUUAAGCCUAAGUCAUGCGUAACGCAACCUUUCAUAGGUGUAGACGAAGAAAACGUAUCUGAGAAAAUGGGCAGACAGGUCAAACCUGAAAAGCAGGAGAGUGCAAUAGUUUAUAAGGUCGAAGCUCAAGACGGAUUUAAUUGCUCAUCAACGUCGAUCACAGAGCUAUGGAAUAAAGUGUUUCAGGCUGUACAGGCGGCCAGACUUGCCAACAACAUGGCGCCGCUACCUUCCGGUUCGAUAAAUAUGAAGGGCGGCUUCCACGUCCUCGGUCUGAAUACAAACGGACUAAAAUAUCUCAUCGAGCAAUUACCAGAUGCGGGAAAGUGUUCCAAGUAUAAACCCAUUUUCCACACUUUAAGUUUUCAAAAUGAGUUUGACGACGACAGCACUAUUCAACAUACGUACGGUGCCGCUAGAUGUUUACCCUAUCAGAGGACACACGAACCCAGCGAUUUAUUUGGUUGGCUCGCGUCAAAACAUCGCAAACCUCAUCUGCAGAACGUCAUCGAUUUUGAGCAGUACACCAGGAGAGGUUCCAUUACGAACUUACCUAUGGCGAUGCGAUUUAGGCAUUUAAAAUUGACAUCGAGGCAAUCGGUUGGCGUGUUUCGUUCUCAGAUACACAAAAGAGGAUUGUUUUGUCAAAGGGAUAUUGAGAGUGGAGAAAUGGUGAUAGAGUAUGCCGGCGAGGUGAUUCGAUCGGUGUUGGCUGAUAAACGUGAGAGGCAGUACACAGUGAUAGGUAUGGGAUGCUACAUGUUUCGUAUUGAUGAAAAUUUUGUGGUUGAUGCUACAAUGAAGGGCAAUGCUGCAAGGUUCAUCAAUCAUUCGUGUGAUCCGAACUGCUACUCAAAGGUUGUCGAAAUAUUGGGCCAUAAGCAUAUUAUAAUAUUUGCACUUCGGAAAAUUAUUUGUGGGGAGGAGUUAACUUACGAUUACAAAUUUCCGUUCGAGGAAGAUAAAAUACCGUGCACUUGUGGCUCUCGUCGCUGUAGGAAAUUUCUCAAUUGAUAUUCAGAUGUCGAUUUAGCGAGACUCUUGUAAUUUUGAGAAGCCUUAAAUAAAUAUAUUCGGACAGCACCUACAUUAACCAUUUAAUGGAGUACUCAAAAAGGUUAAUUUAAGUUUGUCAAAAUAACAGUAUUUAUUUUUUUAUAUUUGGCUGUGAGAAAGUUGCAUUUGUGCCAUUGGCCAUGUAGGUGCUGUUUUUUAUAUUGAACUUCUUGUGAUACUCUUAGUAAUUAUUUUAUAGAUGUAUACAGUUUAUAAUUGAUUUUUUUUUUCAAAUUGUUUCUCAAAAUCCUUCAAAGAAACUAAACUUAGUGACAUAAUUUUAAAUUUGGCGUCUUAAAACAUAGUUUUCUACCCAAAUAAAGGUAUUUAAAUUUAAACAAAAUUUUACUUUUCCUGUCAUAAUAAUAUCAAGGGUACAAAAUUUAAGAUUCCAGAUUUGAAAGUGACAGAGAAAAUUAAUUUAAUUUGAUUGUCAGUGUGAAUAUUAAAGCUAUGUGUUUGGCUUGUAUUUAUUAGAAAUUUCAGUAUAGGUAUUAUCUCUUAUAUAGUUGUUUUCCUUUGUUAAAUUUACAUUGCUUACUAGAGGUGGACGAUAUAUCGGUAUGUAUUGAUAUUUUUCUAAAUCCAUUAAGCAAAACAUCAAAUCGAAUAUUACUACAGUAAACCCCCAAUAAUUCGCGGUUAAUCAAUGGCUGAAGGUACACUAGAAACUAGUAGCUCAAUAAAGAGAUAACGUACUUCCGUAUUUUCAAAACUUGUAAUUGUAAUAAUAUUGGCCAUUUAAAAUUUUUUUUUAUUGUAAAAAUGUUACUAAAUCAAAUUUUCAAAAUAUUCCGGGGUUUCCUGUUUAAGAUAUAGGAUAGCAGUAUUCGACCAUCGAAAAUCUAUAUUAAAAUAUAUCGCCUACCCCUAUUGCUUUCAUUGCAAAUUUGUAGCAAAAUACAGCUAUACUAUAGUAUAUUUUCUCAUCCUUAAAUUCCUCAAUUUUGGAAUUAAUUUUUGAAUCUUCUUAUGCCAUAAAAGAGAAAAACCUUGUACUAGUAUGAAAUCAUUUUUUCUCAAGACUGUAUUUAUUGUGAGGUACAUUGGCAGCUGUGAACUAUUUUUGUUAUGCGAUGUUUCGUCAAUUAUUUUUAUAUAUUGCUUUCGCUCUCAUUUUUACAACUUGUUAGUGGCAUAUUUGCUACAUAAUAUAAUAAAGAAAACGUUAGGUAUAAUUAUUAAAAGGCAACUAAAUUUUGUUGUGAAACCUCUUCUCAGGCUAAUCGUUUAAAUGCGUAGAAUAAGUAGAAAAAUGUGUACUUGCUCAAGCUAAACUUGAUUAAAGUUGAGUGAUCUGGUAGCUUAAGGUUCCAUUUCGUUUAGAACAGAAAAGUACGGUGCCGUCUCAUAUGACAAAUUAUGAAAUGAACAAAUUAUGUGUGAAUUGAAAUCGACUCGUGACAUUGUACUUGCUUUAUUUUUACAGGUGCUAUUUUCAACCCCCCCUUCCUAAUAUCAUUAUUGCAAAUUAGUUUAUUAGUGUAUGUAUGACAUAAAUUAGUCAGUUACUCCCUAAUUAUUUAAGUAUUGGAGAGAAACAAAUGAAUACUCACUAAGUGUUUUUCGAUGUAUUAUUUUUUUGAAGGAUUUUUACAUUGUUUUUAAUGAUUUGUGAAGUGUACAUUAUCAUGUAUGAAUUAAUAAGUUGAUACAAAUGGCCGUUGAAACAAUUUAUCGACCGCUGUUUUUUAAAUAUAUAUUGUACCGGUAUGUUUAUAAUAUUUUUGUGCGCAAGUAUUAGUAAAACAGGUUUUUGAAGUAUAUUUUGUACUGAUGUUUUAGAUUUAAUAGUCUUUUGCUUGUACAUUAUUGUAAAUAGUACGUGUAUAAUAUCGCCAAAAUUAAAUAUGUAUUUUUUUUAAUUUACACUUAAGCCCAUUUCGACCCAUGUGUUUACAGUCGAAUGAUAUGGAAAUGUGAUCCAAUCUUUUUGACAAUAUCAACAUAUCAUCACAUCGAGUAGGAAGAAGACUUAUAGUGUGAUAUAAAGCCUUGAAGGUGUAAAUAGAUUGAGUGAAUUUAAAAUACAGUGUCUUAUUAAAUAGUUAAUUCACAUUUAAUAAACCAAUUUUUGGUGCUUUAAUGCCUGAUUGUAACUAUAUGCUUCUACAAAUGUUUGCUGUCACGAAUACUAAUAA